UCAAUGGGGCCAGGUCAAUGGGGCAUGUGUAUACGACUGAACACCAGCUGCGGACUUGGGAGACCCGGAUGUUUUCAUCCUCACCAACAAUGCAGGAGGUCAGUUUUUCAUACCUGUGUGGCUGCCUGCUACUGCCUGUCGUUCCCUCCCUCAUUUCUGGCCGUUCUGCUCAGAACGUAGGCGUCUCCCUGUUUUGAUUUGUGUUUCUUCACUGGCAAAUGGCAUCAUGCAUCUUCUCACCUGUUGCCAUUUAUGGGUCAUCAUUUGUGAAAUCUGCGCAGAUGUUUUUUCCAUGCUGGAGAUGGGAACCAGAGCUUCCCUACGUACAAUCUACCACCAACCUGCACCCCCAGCUGGAUCUUCUGAACAUUUCUAAGAACUAGGUUUGAUUAUUCUUUUUAUUUUCAUUUAAAGUAUUCUUUGAUUGCGACAUUUUGAGCAUUUGUUAACAAACUCUGAGAACAGGUCCAGUGUUAGUGGGUACUUUGUGUCAUUUUCUCGUAUCUGCCAACUCUCUUUCCAGUGUUCACAGAGCAGGGGUUUUUAAUUUCAAUGAAGUAGAAUUUUUGGCGUUUGUUUUGUUUUGAGACAGGGUCUCAUCAUAUGAUGCUGGCUGACCUGGAACUUACUAUGUAGACCAGGCUGGCCUUAACACAGAGCUCCUCCUACCUCUCUAUUUCUUGAGUGAUAGGAAUUCAAGCAGAAAACAACUUGAGUUUCUGAAACCACAAAUUCCUACUGGAGCCAUCGUUCCUUAGAGGCGGUGAAUCACCACAUACAGAUGUACAUUUCCCCCAGAGGACCCUCCAUGCCACAGGUCUUCUCCUGUGGAGUUAGCAAGAUCGAUCGAGCCCCUGACAUGGGUGACAUUUGGUCACGUGCCACCGUGCCCGGCUUACUGCUCCUGUUUUUAAAAGGAGUCCUGAUGCUGAUAUUAUGCGUGUGUAGGAAUGAUUUGCUUAACCAUGACCAGAUUCUCGUAUUUCUCUUCUAAACAUUUUAUAGCCUUAUGUUUCCACUUAGUUCUGGUGUUGCCAUGGUUUCAGCAGGUCCCCUGUAGUUCAUGGAGCAGAAAUAGUGCCUGGAGCCACAGCACUGAGCGAUGAGAUCUUUCAGAGAUGAAUAGCUCGUAGCACUGUGCCCUCAUGGAUAGAUUAAUGUUUUCUCAAGGCAGGGUUCCCGAUAAGGUGAGUUCCCCACCCCAUGUUAUAACACAGCUCACCAAAUAGGCUUCUAAGCCUUCGGAACCACGAGCUGAACCUGUUCUUUUCUUGUUGGUAAUUACUCAGCCGGUAUCACAGUUCAUCACAGCAACAUAAAACAGAUUAGGACCGAGCUCCAUCUUAAGUUGAGUUUAGUUCAGAGCAGAAAUGGGUUGAGAGGGUGUGCUUGUUGCUCAAGGAUGGCCGGGUUGUUAUAACUUUUGAUACUUCAGUUUGCAGUACGGUUCAGAUCUGUCCCCAGAGCCAGUCUGAGCUUGGGCCAUAAUCUUCACCAGAGUUCAGUUCCCCAAACCGUUGUCACAGUGUUAAGAGUCAAUCCACAUCCAAAUCAUGGCACAGUCCAGAAGUGUAGGCAAAACCUCCUUCUUGUCCACAACCCUGUGUCCUUUACGUGAACCUUCUGUGUCCUCCCACACAUACACCAUGCCCCAGAUCCCCUAAGCUGUCAGGGACAAAGAGAGCAACAAGAGAAGAUUCUGCCACCUUCUCCUCCUCGGUGGCUUCCUUCUGUCCCUUCUUGUCUAUGUCCUGGUCAAGAACUGGAACUGCCUCGAGUCCAGGAAAACAACAGGACCCUCCCUCAGUGUCGUUAUUGCUCUUGAAUUGGGGGAGGGGUACCUUCCCCAGUCUGCCUUUGCUGCCUUUUCCAGAAUCCUCUGAUAGAUGGAUUUGAUCCAGAGAGUUCAGCUUCUUUGGGUCGUAGCGACUGAGUGGAGGAUAUUUACUCCUAGCUGGACUCAUACUCUACAGAGCAGGGCUAUGUGGUGAGAUGGUGUAGAUAGAUAGAUAGAUAGAUAGAUAGAUAGAUAGAUAGAUAGAUAGAUAGCAAACCUAAGGGGGAAGACACCUGAUGUUGACUUCUGGUCUCUACAUGCAAUACCCACACACACACACAUACACACAUACCAAACAAACAAAUCCAUGAGUUAAAAAUAUCCCAGAUGAUUAUAUUUGAUAUGCAUAUAAUGAACUGAGACAUAGUCCUGGUCAUCAGGACCCUGCUGUUGACCUAGGGAGCCAAGGUACACAUUGUUUGUAACAGAAUAGUUCCCUCAAAGGCAUCAAAAGCCCUGGGUCUGAUGCAAGGCUCAGCCACUAAGGACUAAGGUGGGUGGCAUCCCUGAGCUUUGAGAUAAGCUAAAUGAAAGGAAGUUUUUAAUCCAGGAUGAACAACACUGCAGAUGCUCAGAAGAUAAGGGUAGACAGUUGUCUUCUGUGCUGCUUCUCUGGAGUACAUUGUUCCCAGGGGACAUUAUCACCUUGACUACACUAUGAGGACAGCGCACCAGCAACUUCCCACCAUUUUAUACUUUGAGAAUCCCGUGAACCAAGUGUCACCCAUGUCAUGGGCUCGAGCUUGGCAGCUCCACAGCAGAAGGCUUUGUGGUGUGGAGGGUCCUCUGGGGGGAAAUGUGUGUCUGUACACGGUGAUCCCCUGCCUCUGAGGAACAACAGCUUCCGUCGGAAUUUGUGGUUUUAGAAACUCAAGUUGUUUGCUGCUUGGAUCCCCAGUGUUUAGGUUUUACAAUCGGAUUUUUUAAAAGAUUGUUUGCCUCAAAUUUUGGGAUGAUCUCUUAGGGAAAAGAGACGGGCUAUCGCUAUUUUGUCUCCUGUCUCAAGCAGGACCAUAUGCAGGGCUCGACAUAGACUACUGAAUAUAGCAGCCGUUAGCAUGGGAUGCGAAAUGACGAGGUAAAAUUGUGGUUAAUGCACUAAAAGGCCUCAGCCAGUCAUGAUGGAUCACUGAUCUUGUGAAAGGGAAAGUGCAGAAGCCACUAGGCAUACUGUGUGCUGGUGUUUGCAGUGUGAUGUGUACAAAGUCUCCAUGCACAGUGACCGCUGAGCUGCAAGUUUGAGAGAGCAUGCGCGUUUACUGCAGGGUUUCUCAGCAGAAAGGAGUGUUUGUUGAUGGAUCGACACUUGGGGUCAUACAGUUCUUUGUUGUGGGGCAGCCCUGUUUGUCAUAGAGUGUUCCACAGCCUGCCCGGCCUCUGCCUUUUAGGUGUCAGCAUCACCUCUGACACAUGGCUAUCAAAAAAAUGUUCCUAGACAUUUCUAAAUGUCCCCUAGUCAGCACUGAUUUAGAAUUACACAGUAAUAAGCAGGGACUUGCUUGUUCACUCACCCAACCUGAACUCUCUUCAGAGUAUGAGGACACCUAAACAGAGUCUGGAGCAGCCAAAGAAACAUGGAGGGGCUUGUCCAUGUCACAAAUAGGAGAGGCCUACAACCCCGAUUUCUUGGCUAUAUAUUCAGAUAUGUGCACCUGCGUUCUGGUUCGAAACCAUCAUUAUUUGAGGCAUAGAUGAUGCGGGGGAAGGUCUGUACAGAAGACGUGGGUUGCCCUUCAACAGAAAGGGAUAGGUAUGACCUUAAAGGUAAGAAACACGAGAGCUGAGUGUGGCUGAAAGUUUUCUGCAGUCCCAGGAUUUGGGAGGCUGAGGCAGGAGCGUGGCAAACUCAAGGCGGGCCUGCUCUUCACAGCGAGACUGUGCCUCAAAUCCAGAACAAUCUGGAGUGUGAAGCCGCAGCCGAGCAUUAACUAGACUGAGACAUAUUACAGUUCCCAGAUUCUGAGUUAGUUCUGGCUGCCUCGGGGCUCCUGGUCUCCAUGGCUCCUUCGGUGAGGGCUGCGUGCCUGCGUCAGUUUCCCCUCGCCUCCUGAUGCCACCUUGUUGAACUAGCCAGUGUUAGCUGUUGGCCGUGGGUUUUCUUCCGGGUUACUCUCUGCUUGUUCAGUGUCUGGAUGAACAGUUGAGCAUGUGACUUCCCACAGGUCGGGACGUUCUGAGAUGAAUCUCUCAGUCUAACUCCUUUACACACACUCAGACCUCUGUGGGAGUUUCUGGACAGCUACAUGGGAAUAGGGUCCUUUGUAAACGCAUCUGUUUUCUUCUCUUGGUCACUCUUCUUUACUCUGGUGGCUCCACUUAGCUGUCUGAGAAGAAUAUGUUUACUUCCAUACUCUCAUCCCAGCCUAAUGGCAUCAAAAUAUGUCUAUGCACCAGCCUAGCUAGGUACCUAGGUAGGUAUAAAGACAGACAUUUGCCCAUGAGAGGCUUUUGUCUACUUUUUCUUUUAUAAAAAUGAAACUAAGGCCAGUGAGAUGGUUCAGUGGGUAAAGAUGCUUGCUAUGCACGCCUGAUCCCCUGAGUUUGAUCCCUGGGUUUCUUGGUAGAAUCUCAAAUAUUGUCCUCUAACCUCUACGAAUGUGUCACAGCAUGUGUGUCCCUCACACACACAUACACAAUGCACACAUGUACCCCAACAAUGGUAAUGAAUUAAGUGUAUUAUUUUACACAUUUAGCAAAGUUCAUGAAAGUGUUUUCAAGUCCAUUUUGUUGAUUUAAUUCAUUACUUAUGAUAGCAUGGCAUGAUAAAGUUAUUUCACGAUUUAUGCAACUCUCCCAUAUAGAUGAUCAUAUAUACCUAGUUUACAUUACAUUUCUCAUUGAUAUAAUUAACGUGUGUGUGUGUGUGUGUGUGAGAGAGAGAGAGAGAGAGAGAGAGAGAGAGAGAGAGAGAGACUGACUUUAGGUCCCAGAGGUGAGUGGAUGAUUGUAUUUUGAUUUGAUUUGAUUUUGUUUUUAAAGUAGAGGAGAUUUUUAUUGUAGAUGUAAAGGAGGAAGCAGGCCAAGUCGAGAGUCCAGGCUGAACAUAUCCAGCAGACCGCACUGGACUGUGAGAAGGGAGAGCGGGAGGGAGAGCCAAAGAGGAGCCUCGGCCAAGAGCGGAUUUUGAUUUUAAAUAGCACUGCCAGUUAGCUUAGACAGUAAUGUUUUUCACUUUUUCUGAUACCCUAGGAGACCAUUCUUACCUGUGCACUUUUCUAUGGUUUGUCUUUUGUUGUUAAUGAUGCUUUGUAAGAACGUUUCACAUAUUAGAGAUCCAUUUUUUUUCUAAUGAUAGGGUUUUGAAAGUAUCCUUUGUUUAAUUGGUUUAUGUUCCAUUUUUCCUUUUGAAACUCUAAAGAGAGAGCACAUUAUAGUCUAGCUUUUUCCAAUACAGUUAUUUUUGUGCUUGUACUAUUGUAUGUUGGAUAAUUUUUUUUAGUAGACAGUGGUGCCACAUUUCACUUUAUUUCCUCCAGACGGAGACCCACUUGUGCCUGUACUCCUUAUACGUCUCCCAUAGAAUUGCAAGAUCACUUUUGUUACGUAUUAAAUUACAUACUUCUUAAAUUUUCAGUAAUCUGUGUCUAGCUUUUCGAGGGCUGAGAUAGAACAUGGUGGUUUGUUGUGUAAUGGGUUCUCUCUCUACUUCUCUCUCCUGGGGGAAGCAUGGCUUGACAGUACUUCACCUUGCAGCCUGGUCUGGAAGCUUCGAGAUAAUGCUCAUGCUAGUUAAAGCUGGAGCCGACCAGAGAGCCAAGAGCCAGGAAGGAAUGAACGCUCUCCACCUGGCAGCUCAGAACAAUAAUCUGCACAUUGUGGAUUACCUCAUUCAAGACUUGCACCUGCAGGACCUGAACCAGCCCAAUGAGACCACAGGACAGGAGGAAAGUGUUGCUGUUGGCAGUGGUCCAGGCUUCUGCAUGGAGAGAGAAGAGGAAUCAGAGAGACCACAGCCAGCCUCCGUCCCUUUAUAUCCCCUCACCUUGGCCAGGAUUCAAAGGUUAUCCACCUCCAUCCAUAUUUAAACCGUGAGCCUAAGCUUUAUUCUGUGGUGUCUGACAUUUUUUAAAAGAUAUUUGAACCAAAAUUUUGCAGAAAUCAACCAUGGGCUAUAAUGCCCUUACGAUAUUGUCUAGGUGCCUUUUUAUUUUAUUUUUAUAAGUGAUUAAUAAGACCACCUUUACCUUAUGACUGUCUUAAUGUGCUAGGCAUAGAGGGAAGGCCUAGGGCCUUGUCUUAGUUUGAGUUUUUUUUGCUGUGAGAAGACACCAUGACCUCAACAAUUCUUAUAUCGGGAAACAUUUAAUUGGGGCUGGCUUACCAUUUCAGGGGUUUAGUCCAUCAUGGUGGGAAUCAUGGCAGUGUGCAGGUAGACAUGGUGUUGGAGAAGGAGCUGAGAAUUCUACAUCUUGAUCUGAAGGUAGCAGGAAGAGACUGUGUGUCCCCACAGAGACUCUCUUCCUCCAACAGGGCCACGCCUCCUAAUAGUGCUGCUCCCUAUGGGCCAAGCAUUCGAACACAUGAGUCUGUGGGGGUGUGCUGGCUGGUUCUGUGGGUCAGCUUGACACAAGCUGGAGUUAUCACAGAGAAAGGAGCCUCCCUUGAGGAAAUGCUUCCAUGAGAUCCAGCUGUAAGGCAUUUUCUCAAUUAGUGAUCAAGAGGGGAGAUCACUUCCCUUGUGGGUGGUAUCAUCCUGGGGCAGGUAGUCCUAAAUUCUAUAAGAAAGCAAGCUGAGCAAGCCAGGGGAGCAAUCCAGUAAGCAGCAGCCCUCCAUGGCCUCUGCAUCCACUCCUGCCUCCAAGUUCCUGCCCUGUGUGAGUUCCUGUCCUGACUUCCUUUGCUGAUAAGCUUCAAUGUGGAAGUGUAAGCUGAAUAAACCCUUCUCCCUCCCCAACCUGCUCCUUGGUCAUGAUGUUUUGUGUAGGAAUAGAAAGCCUGCCUAAGACGGGGCACCAAACCUAUUUAAAACCCCACGGACUUAGAACAUACACUGCCACAUGGGCUCUUGACUCUUUUGUGGGAGAUAGUGGUAUAUAGGAAGGGGCGGACAAGGUGCUGGGUUCAGAGGCAGAAGCAGGUUCAAUGCCAACCAUCUCCUCUUCCUCGUCUUCAUUUUUUGAGAUGGGAGUUUGCUAUGUUGCCCAGGCUGCUCCUGAGUCUGUAAUCCUCCUGCCUCAGUCUCCAGAGUGCUGGAAUUAGGCAUGUACCACCAGUUUUUCCUACUUCACAAGUUUCCUGUUAAUUGUGUCUACCAUCUCGUGGUGCUUGUCCCUUCUCUUCCUGUGGCAAUCUGCUAAGUAAAAGGCCCAGGAGCUCAGUGGUGGGUACAGCAUCCAUGGAGAGACCUUAGGAGCGGAGACUACAAGAGAAUGAGCCCAGGGGGGUCACUGAGAUGGAUAGGGGAAGACUCUCAGAGUUUAUUUUUAUUCCUAUAAUAAGCCUGGACUAACGUAACAGACAAUAUACAUUGUUUUUUCUAAGCCAUCUGAACGAAUGGAGCUUGCUGGGGUUUGGGGGAGGAAACAGAGCCGUCAUUCACUAGGUACAGAAUUUCACUUCUGGAAGAUGAAAAGGGGCUAUGGAGAUGCCCGGUGGGGGAUGCUUACAGAAUGAUGUAAAGGUACCUGGUCCAGGGCUGCUGAGGCGGUGGGGUGGAUAAAGAGGCACUUGCCACCAAGCCUGAUCCCUGGAAGGUGAUCCUUGGAACCCACCCGGUAGAAGAAGGAAGGCGGCUCUCACAGCUCUCUGACCUGCACCCACACCCAGUAACAUGCACACACACCCUCACACACAAAAUAGUGAAUGACUAAACCUAAUAUCGCUGAGCUCUGUACUUACUAAUAAUCAGAGUGGGACAUUUUAUGUUAUGACUAUUUGACAGUAAUAACAAAAAAGUGGGAAAAGAAGCCCAUUUGGAGGUAGGGGUAGGAAGUAAUGGCUUUGACUUAUCACUCAUGUGAAGAUAUGGCGAAAACCCAUCAUGCAGGCAGGAUUACUCUCUCAUAGUGCCACUCUCUUGCCUGGACACUGCUCACCAGACAGCGCCUGUGCUUCUAACAGGAUUAGUAAAAUCCCUUUCUUUGGCUUCAAGGCAGUUCUAGACUCUGACAAGAGAAGCUUUACGAGGAAGAGACCUUUAAGACAAAGAGGAUUUAACUGGGCCUGAGAGAGUUUGGAUGGAGCUUGGGGCGUUCUCCUAGCUGUACAGCCCUAAAAUCACUAUGAUGUCACCAGAGGAGAGAGAUUCGAGCCAGGAGUUUGAGGCCAAGCGGUCUAAAUGUUUUGAAUCCAUAUGUCUGUUGGCUUCCAUUUGUGAUCAGAACUUAAAAAAUGGUGAUGUUGGGAGAAGGGGAUGUAGAAGGGAAAGUGCAAAGGCCGUUUGCAUGUUGGCUGAAAGUGGACGGUUUGGUUAUGCUUCCUCCCACUGAGCACUUUGGGAACAUUUACUAGUGGAAUCUGAACGGGAAGUCUUUGUAAGUCUUUGUGAGUCAAAAGCAGCCUCUCUUCAGGGGAGGGGAGGUAGUAAAUGGUGGAAGAGGAUUGAGAACACAUCUGUGUUCUUGCUCAGGCCUCCUUCAGUAUCCACGGGGAAUUAAGUCCAGGACUCCUCUUGGAUGCUAAAAUGGGCAGAAGAUCAAAUCCUUAUAUAAAACGGUGUAGUGCUUUCAUAACCUACACACAGCCUCCCGUGCCCUUUAAAACACCUCUAGACUGCUGUUAGUACCUGUUUCAACUAUAAUGCUGCGUAAUUUAUUAAAGCAUAUGGUUAAGGGAAUGACAAAAAAAAAGGCCUAUAUGUUUAGUAGAUACGGGGUCCCCUCCUCCCCCGAAUAGUUUGGAUUGUGAAUAGUUUUAUUCACCCGUGGAUACAGGGGUCACAUAUAUCUGAGACAGCAUUUAGCCAAAGCUGUCGACUGUACUGUGUAAAGAAAACUCUCUCGGAGUCCAUGCCACGCCCCUACCCCUUGCAUCUACGACUUAGAUGCAAGAGCUACGACUCCAGCUCUGAGCACGAGAGACCUCCCAGCCCUGCUUCACUCUGGGUCUUCCCUUAAACUGGUUGUGCUUCCCGUCGAGGGAAAAGCUGUGAGCUGUGGAUGGAGACAGAGAGAGACUUGGUGGGACAGUGUCCGAAGGAUUCCGAGGGUAAAGAAUGAGUCUGGUGGGUGCUGUUUUUGACCUUGUGUUGCAUUCGGUGACUUAAUAAACUGGAAGCAUAAGAUAAUUUAUAAUAGAUCAUUUCAAUUCCUCGGGCUUGUUUACAUGCAAAAAAUUAAAUGCAUCUUAAAACAUAAAUGGUUAAAAAUAUGAGCUAACAAUGGAAAAACGACAAGGAACUGGAACUCUAGACACUCCUUAUUCUAGUUAAAUUAAGGCCUGGGUUCCUGGGCCAGGAGGCCUAGUGAUCUGCUCCAGGCAUGAAGCCCUGACUUGGACACUUUUCUUGGUCUUGUCUGGGAAGUUUUCCUGCCUUCCCAAUAUAGGAGAUCCCUUGAGACUGUACUGGAUAGAAGCCCGCUUGAACAUAAUUCAGAUGGGUUGGGUUGUUUCUUUAAAAGAAUGAAAUAACAUGAUAAGGAAUUUUAUUUUCAAAAAUGCAUAAGGUUCUGAAAUUCCGGUUGCUAUUUUUGCCCAAUCAUAUGUACCUCUGCAAGAACAAAAAUUUAUAUCUUAUUAUUUAUGUCGUACUGUCACUUCCCCUUUCUUUAAGGUACGUUUAGUAUUUAAAAGAUGAAGAUUAUGUGGAACGUUCUGUUUUGUGUAACGUGCCUUUUACUCUUUUCUUGGUGACGUCCACAAAGGGCAUCCAAAGUUCGAAGACUUAGCUCUUCUGUUGGGAAGCAAGUCAUCUGGGAUAACUCAGUCUCUCCUGGAACCUCUCACAUCUUAGGCCUUCUGGGGGCGUGGAUCCUGUGUCACUUUGUUGAGGUCUAUGAUGUAAAGCUUUGUAGCAACCCAGGGUCAAAAGAGGCGGGCUGUGUUAAAAUCCCACAGACCUCCAAUCCAUGGAGAGAAGUGUGUGUCCUUGCUAUGGUUUAAACGUGAUUGGUUGCUCUAGUCUUACAGGACUUUAAUCCCUGGAGUCAUGUGCUAAUGACAUUAAACCAACUAUGGUGUUACAAGGUGGGGCCUCUGGGAAAUGAUCAAGAUUAGAUGCAGCCAUUAGGGUGGAAACUCCAUGAUUGAAAUCUUAUGGUUUUAUAACGAGAGGGAGAGACAACACACACCCUCUGUCUUUGGCUUUGGGACUCUUGCAAUGUUCCUGGAGUCUGAAAGCAGGAAGGCCUUUCCCAGAUGUGGGCCUAUACCUUGCUCUUCUAGAAACAUGAGUCAAAUAAACUUCUUUAACUUUAUAAAAUAGCCUACUUUGGUAUAGUAAUGAAAAAAGAACCCAGAUACAUAUUAUAUUUUAUAUAAUAUAUUCAUAUAUUAGAAUUAUAGUCUCCAAAUUGAUAAACAUAUAUUAAAAUUCUUUCUAUUACAAGUAACAUUCUAAUCUUGGCUGAGAAUAACAAAGGUAACUCGAUAACUUAUAAAUGAGGUCUUCAAGAAUGUGUCUUGCUGGUUUCAGACAUGGCGGGUCCAGCUUUUCUUUCUUUCUGCAACUAUUGGCUGCCACUCACUGCCUCUAGUCCUCCCUAUGCUCUGGGUAUGGCGGCUUCCCAGCUUCCAGUUUCUACCCUCAGGAAUUUUGACCCAAAGACAAAACGUCCUUUCCUAUCAAAGCUCACACCCGAGUGUCACAAGCAAUUCUGUCUGGUCUUGUUUGAAUCAUAUGCUCAAUUCUGAACCAGUCGCCAUGACCAACAGGAGCUAUGUGAUCACUUUACACAACAGGAAACAAUCAGGAGAAGCCUAGCAGUGAGCAGCACUGACUGCAAAAAAUGGCAUAAUAUGGAGAGACAGGAUGGCCAGCGAGCCAUGGUUCCUACAGCUAAGUAGAUGGUGCCAAAUGUGACCUGUUAUAAUGCUAUGAACCAGAAACCUAAGAUCUCCUAGUGCACUGGUUCUCAACCUUCCUAACGCUGAGACACUUAAUAUAGUUCCUCGUGUUGUAGUGACCUCACAAAAUUAUUUUGUUGCUACUUCAUAACUGUAAUUUUGCCAAUGUAAUGAAUUGUAACGUAAGUAUUUUUUGGAGAUAAAGGUUUACCAAAGGGGUAGUGUCCCACGGGUUGAGAAGCACUGCUUUUCUUAGGCUUGGGGAUAAAGUUCUCUUAGUAGAAACCUUUCUAACACGCAUGAAACCCUGGACUAAAACACCUGCACCCAUGGGACAAAACAAACCUUUUCUUCCUUAAAAUUUCUGUCAAAUAUUUAUUACAAUAUUUUUACGAGAGAGUUUAUCACCCUGUGUAGGUCCAAGUGGCUUUGGUUAGGUCUGAAUCCGGGAGUUCAAGGUCUGCCAUCAGUGUUCUUCAUCUCUUUCUACUUCCCACUGUCUGGCCUCGACUUACCAAGUGGCAAAGAGUCAUCCUCGCUGAUGACUUUACAAUAAAUAUAGACUGUAUUAGGAAAAUAAUCCAAUGGCUGACUCUUACUGGCCUUGGAUGAUGAGUGGCCAACUCAAUGUUGUUGUCCUUGGUAGAGGAAGCAAGAGUUUUAAGAGAUGCAUCAAAAUGGUGUAGGGCUGUCCUCCAGAGGAAAAGAUUAUGGGCAGACAUCAGGGAAUAGGUGUUUUCAUCUCCUGAUACAGUAAUUAGCCACUUUUGAUGUCUCGUCUCCACACAAUCACGCUCAGUAGCGCUCCUGUGCUCGCCAGCUAUUGCACUGCUCUAUGGAACACAUCUCAUGUGCCUCCCCGGAGGACUCCUCUCUCCUCUCUACUGUUCCUCUUGGCUAUCCAUUGCUUAGCACAAAGCUGCACAUAUAUGAUAAAGUUGUUGGUACCUGAAUGGUGUAGGGUGUAUGACAUUGGUGGUGGUUUGAAUACGAAUGGCCCCAAUAUGCUCAUAGAUUUGAAUGCUUGGCCACCAGAGAUUGGUGGCAUUAGGAGGUGAGGCCUUGUUGGAGUAGGUAUGUCCUCAUUAAAGUCAGUGUGUCACUCAGGGUGGGCUUUGGGGGUCCAAAUGCUUAAGCCAGGUUCAGUGUCUGCCUCUCCUUGCUGCCUGCCUGUGAAGAUGUAGAACUCUAGGCUCUUCUCCCACACCAUGUCUGCCUUUGUCCUUCCGUGUUGUCCGGCCAAGAGUUCCAACAGGAUAACAAGAUGCUAAACCUCUGAACUGUGAGCAAACCCCAUGGUUUGCUUUUAUAAAAGCGACCACGGUCAUGGUGUCUCUUCACAGCAAUAGAACUACGACGUUGUCUUCAUCUAGCAUGCACAAUGCCUCUUGUGACCCGUUUCCUGAUUUAUAUACUGCUCAGGCUUAUUCUCACUGUGACACAAGAGAACAGUGAAAAGGAGAAAAGAUUUAUUACAGCUCACAAUUUCAGAGAUUUUCAUCCAUCAUGUCAGAAAGUAUGUGGCCAGGAAGCACAGCUGAGCACAGUAGGACAAAGCCAGCACUGGACAGGUCCUCAGUGACCAGCAUCCUUCAACCAGACCGUCCACAGUUCUGUUCCCACUAAUGCUCUGUUCAAAAUUUGAAUCUAUCCAUGGAUUAAGCCAUUCAUUAGGUCAAACCCUCUGUCUAAAAUCCAGCCUGGAGACACCAUUACAGACCCUCCUAGAGGUACGUCUUACUAAUGUCCUAGCCAUCUCGCAAUCCAACCAAGUGUCAAUAAAUAAGUUUAACCCCCACACCGCAUGUUGUUUAUGUGACUCUUCAUCUGUGGCUGCCAUUUGUGGAUAUUUAUUGUGAGUUGCAUCCAGUAACUAUCGGUCUGUCAUUUUCAAAAGGACUAGACUUUUUCCUUCAACCAUAUCCCAACUUGCAAGCAGAAAAAUGUGGCUCCAACCAAUCUGCUCCUUCCCUUACCCCUUCGGUGAUUUCCUGAGAAUAAGGGAGGCAAUUAGCUCUUCAAGCUUUGAAAGGGUGGAACGGUAGGUCAUGUGGCCUAAGGAUCAUGAAUGAUGUGAACGUUUUGGUGCUAGUUUCUUUCCCCAGCUUCUGCACAUUCCUGGACACAGAUCUCCACGGGGCUGAGCUGAGCAGAUGUUUUCCAUUUUGUUUUAGGCACUGGACUAUUUUAGCCUGUUUCUCUUCCUUUUUUUCCUUCCUUAUAAGCAAUCAGUGGUCUUGAUCUUUUCGUUAAACGCCAUUAGCUAGCGAUUCGCUGACAGACUCAGAAUGCUAUUUAUAGAAUCUCGCACCCUCCUUACGUUGAAGGCGUCUCGCUAAGUCUCCAAUUAGCACACCGAGCCAAGUUUCCUUUUUUUUUUUUUUUAAAUUUUUUAAGUUGAAGAAAAUUCAUCUUAGGCAGUUUUGUCAUCCAGUUUCCUUUUCCAUUUUUUUUUUCAAAAAUAGCCUGAGUUGAAAAAUUAAGUUUUCUGUGCAUCUUUCACUUUUCUUGAUGGUAUUCUGGCUACUGCAUUGCAGUCUCUGUCACCAACAGGAAAACCUGGAGAAGUCACUACUAUUCAAAUAGUUUAUGUUUGAAAAAGCCGAUAUAAACACCUGUCUCCCCUGGAGUUGCUGGAUGCCUCUGCUUUCUUUUUCCUUUCCUUGUCCAACAGACCCAUCCUCAAGAGCUUUCUGAUUGCUCCUCAGAAAUGCAACACCCAGUGAGCAUGGCCUCAGAUUUUGACUGCGCAGGGGCCAGAGAGAUGGCUCAGUGGUUAAGAACACUUGCUACUCUCGAAGAGGACUUGGGUUCCGUUCUUAGCAUCAACAUGGAGGCUCACAAACUGUUUCCAACUCUAGUUUCAGGGGAUCCAGUGGCCUCUUGUGGCCUCCGAGGGCACCAGGCACGCACACAGAGCACAUUUAUCCACUCAGGCUUACGUAUACCCCUUAGCUAAGAAUAAAUACGCUGUUAAGAACCAAGUAAAAUCCCGCUAACCAAAUGUAUCUGAAUGAGCUUCGUGUGUGCUGGGCACCGAAGAAUUUCUGUGUCGUGUGUUUUUAUUGGUGAGGCAGCGUGACGCUCAGAUGCUUCAAUCAGGGUGUGGCACAAGCUAAUUUCUCAAUAACUGGCUGAGUGGAAGAAGUGCCCACCCACUCAGGAAUCCUUGCUACAUUUGCCAUGGCGUCUGAUGGUCAGGUUGUGAUACAGUGCUUCUCUGACGCUCUGGAGGGCCUCUUCUGAACACUUGUGCCCGUGAAACUGAGUCAGCGUCGGUGUGGGGUUCCUCGCAGUUCUGAUGACAAACUAGAGCUGGAUGUGGCUUGGGUUCAGCGAAAUGACCAUUCCCUCCCUCCGAGAAGGGCCCAGAGUGAUAUGACCAUCUUAGCCACCCCAUCGCCUUAAAAUGCUGCCCGCUGCCUAACAGUUCUGCCAGUUUUCUGCUAAGUAUAUGCUCAGUGUGGAAUCCACGAUUGAUUUUCAGAGAGGAAGAAAACCGUUUCUUUUGGCAGCUGAGAAGGGCCAUGUCGAAAUGAUUGAAAAGCUUGUCUUCCUUAAUCUCCAUACCUCAGAAAAAGACAAGGAGGGGAACACGGCCUUACACUUGGCUGCGAUGCACGGCCACAGCCCAGUGGUGCAGGUGCUACUCACUCAGUGGUCAGAAGUAAAUGAGACCAAUGAGAAUGGAGAAACCCCAUUCAUGUUGGCUGUUGUGGGAGGUCAUGAAGAAUGCAGUCGAGUGCUCCUGGCAGGAGGAAGUGACGUCAACAUUCCAAACAAACUCAACAUCAGUGCUUUGCAGACAGCGACCCGGAACGGCCACACAUCUCUCGUCAACUUUCUUCUCAGUGAGAACGCUGAUUCGCAGCAGCAGAAGGAAACUAAGGAGCCCCCUCUUCACUUAGCAGUCAUCAACAACCGUCCCGCAGUUGUGGAUAGCCUGUUAAGUGCUCAGCAUGAUGUUGACGCCUUAGAUCAGAGGCAGCAGACCCCUCUGCACGUAGCUGCUGAUCUCGGAAAUGUGGAGCUGGUCGAGACUCUGCUGAAGGCUGGCUGCAACCUGAAAAUCACUGACAAGCAAGGAAAGACUGCCCUGGCUGUGGCUGCCAGGAGCCACCACAGCCUCAUUGUGGAUAUGCUCAUCAAAGCGGAGAGGUACUACGCCUGGAGAGAGGAGCACCCUGAGAACAUCCAGGACUCCGCAGUAAGCUCUACACUGACCUUCAAGCAGGACCACAGUCUGGAGACCAGGCACGUCCGCAUGCUCCUCUGGAACCUGGCCUACCGGCAGCUGAAAAGGAAGGACUGGCAAAGGCUGGCUCGCUUGUGGAGCUUUACAGAGGACCAGAUCAGAGCCAUUGAGGAACAGUGGUCAGGUAAUGACAGCUUCCAUGAGCAUGGCUAUAGGGCUCUGCUCAUCUGGCUGCAUGGGGCUCUGAUGACACAGUCUGACCCUGCCAAGCAGCUGUAUGAGGAGUUGGUGCGUGCCGGGUUCCCAGAACUAGCUGAAAAGAGUCGUCGGUUCAAAAGUAAAACUGAUUCAAGCUCCAAAAAAUGUGCAGUGUCCUAAGCUGAAAAAACGGUUCAAAUGGCUUCCCUCUCCUCCUUCUGUGUUAGCACUGGUUCCUGACGGCCACAGCCAUCCUGCAGCAGACUGAGACAUCGCCCCUACAGGGAUGGGCAUGAACACGCCACCACCUCCCACUGCUCAAGGACACACAGAGGCUUUGCCUUUUUCUUGAGGCAAACUGUGUGUGACUUCCUUGUUUGUCACUUGGUGCACACAUAGAACACCCUAGCUCGAAGGGCUCUCUGUCCCUGCUUAAACACCAAGGUGACAAUGGGAUCAGCGUGGUGGCUCAUGGGGAGCAAGGGCUAGGAGAUGCUGCUCUGAUAUGAGUUGCUCAUAAUUAGUUCCUUUCUGAUAGGCAGGAUGUUUCCCCCAGAGACUGCAGUGUCGAUGAGGGAAACACCCGUGGGUGCCUGACCUCAAGCAGUGGUAUGUAAGCCAGGAACUCUCACUGCUGUAACAAAAGUGCAUUUGGAAAUGCUGGCUUUAUACCACAAGUGUAAUCUAUUAUUCAGAAAAAAAAAUCAAACCCAACCCAAACCAAACCAAAAAAACCAGACACACACACCAGUGAUUCUUAAACCCUUCAUACUCUAAAUGUGGGUAACUUUAAUUCUGUGUUCUUGCUGGCACCAUCUAUUUUGUUCAGAACAAACAAGCAUCGCCUUUUGUGAUCUGAGAAAGUUAUGAACAGUAUCAGUUCUCAUCAUCGUAAGCCUGCCUGGAGUCCAAUUCUGACUCCUGCUUUGGAAAGGCUGGUAAGAAAAUCGAAGGCAAGUUCGUAAUUCUGUCAUGAUUUAGUUUCCAGGUUGUCUUACAUUGAUUGUAAAUGGCCCGCUUAAUGCCAGGAAUGUCUAAAACAGGCAAAAUAUUGACGAGAUUCCAGAAUUUAAAAACGCAUUAAAUAAAGAGUCUCAACCUCA